AUGGUCCACCUCACCCCCCUCGCCCUCGUGGCGAUGAGCCUCCUCACUCUCGUCACCGCCGCUCCCACGGCAAAGGCCACAACCGACUCGGAACCCGUCUUCUCCUUCGCCAAAUGGGUCGAUGACCUAACUGCCAACCCAGACACUGCCCUGGGACCAGAGGAGGCGUGGCAAGCCUACCUCAAUACUGUCAAUUCCACCUCUACUUUCUCUGCCGUCCCCGUUGCCGAAAAGCGAUGGGAUGCUGCUGUGAUAUGCAACGAUAUUGCCCCCGGUCCGGCGUACGCACCCGACGCCGUCUGGUGUAUCAAUUAUCUCGCUGCCAAGGGGUCUGCCGCCUGUAUAACCAACACUGUUUCCGCCUUUUGCUUCCAUGGGAACGCCCAGAUAACUGGCGUCUCUGGAAGCGGCUUUCAGCAAAGUACCUGGUGA